CGGUGCUUUUGGGGGGUGAGAAAGAAAAAAGAGAAGAAAGGUGGGGCCAAAGUGAAAUGGUUUGAACUAUUUAAUUUGGGGUGGGAUUUGUUCUCUUGAAUCUGUCCGUAUUCCCUUGGGAAAUAGCAGCAGCUAGAGAGAUAGAGAGAGAGUAAGAGAGAGAGAAAGAAUAAUGUUCCAUCCUAAGAAAGCUUCGACUAUGAAUUCUCACGAUAGAGGGAUGUGCGUUCAAGGCGACUCCGGCCUCGUCCUCACCACCGACCCCAAGCCCCGCCUUCGCUGGACUGUUGAACUUCAUGAGCGCUUCGUCGAUGCCGUCACUCAGCUCGGAGGCCCUGAUAAGGCCACCCCAAAAACCAUCAUGAGAGUUAUGGGUGUAAAGGGUCUUACUCUGUACCACCUCAAGAGCCAUCUCCAGAAAUUUAGACUGGGAAAGCAACCUCACAAGGAAUUCAAUGAUCAUUCAAUUAAGGAUGGUAUGAGAGCUUCAGGUUUAGAACUUCAUCGAAACACGGCUUCUUCAUCCAACAUGAUCAACCGCACCAUGAAUGAUGGUAACUCACACAUGGUUGAUGCGAUUAGGAUGCAAAUGGAGGUGCAGAGAAGAUUGCAUGAACAACUAGAGGUGCAAAGACACUUGCAACUGCGAAUAGAGGCACAAGGGAAGUACAUGCAAAGUAUAUUAGAAAAGGCUUGUCAAACCCUAGCGGGUGAAAACAUGGCAGCUUCCGGCGGCUACAAGGCCAUGGGUGGGAUCCCAAAUAACAAUAAUAAUCAGCAAGGCAUUGCUGAUAUGACCGGAGCUGGCGGAGGGAUCAAAGAUUUUGGCUCCCCUCUUGGCUUCCCUUCUUUUCAAGACCUGAACCUCUAUGGAGGCGACCAGCUUGAUCUUCAGCAAAACGUGGAUGGAUUCAUGUCUCACAACGACAGCUUACUGUGCUUGGGAAAGAAGAAGUCUAGGCCGACACCAAGUACGCCAAACUACGGGGGCAGCUCGGGAAAAGGUGCGUUGGACUGGCCAGAUGAUCUCCGGCUGCAAGAUAUAGGAAUGGCGCCGCCCACGUCGUGCGUAGGGCAGCAAGAAGAUGAUUUCAAAGGCAUUGGUGGGACGCUGGUGGCCGGAAGAGAUCAUUUGGAGGAAAUGUAUGAGGCGAAGCCAGUAGUGUCGGAUGAUGAAGGCAUGGGAGAUCACAAGAAGUAUGACGUCAAUAACAACAACAACAAUAGUAAUAAUUCGUCCAUAAAGCUUCAGAGGCCGUCCCCCCGAAGGGUUCCCCUUUCCGUGGAUAGGGCUAACCACCCUCUCAUUACCACUGCUCCUCAGUCCACACAUUCACCUUUUGGUUAAUAUCCAUUAAUCUCUUUCAGUUUACAGUCGGGUUAUUUUGAGUGACUCAAAAUUUUUUUUUUUUUUUGAUACUCGUGAAUUUUAAUUAAUUUUGAGUAAUUUCAACAACAGGGGGUUGACUUUUUGCAUUUUGACCCAUCCAGAUACAACACACACUUAAGGCUUUCCAGGCCCAUAUAUGCAUUAAUAUGUCCCUGCAAAACCCUUUUGACCAACAUGAAUUAUAUCCCUACUAAUUGAUUUAUUGGAGCACACUGUUUUUUCUUUUUUGGUUGAAUCAAUUACUGGUUACUGA